AAUAAAAACUUUAAAAUCAAAGAUGCAAAUUCAAUUCAUAAUUUUACUUAGCAUAGGCUGCCCAUUAUGAAAAUCAAAAGCAAAUAUCUUUUGGAGACCACAAUUCUAAAUGGGCGUUUCCUCUUCUUCAUCUCUUUAUAAUUCUACUUCCACCACUACCAUCACUGCCCAUUCCCAUCUUUACUCUCACACAUCAAAAUCAAACUCAAAAGAUUCCACUUUGAUCCCUCACAUUCACACUUUUUCCCCAAAACCCAAGAACACAUUUUUAUCUUCACCCAAGUCCAAUUCCUCUUCUUCUUAUUCAAAGAUUGUACCUUUGAGGUGUAGCAGACUGAAUUUGAUGAUGGAGACCACCCAAGGAGAAAAUUUGACUACAAAACCCAUCAUUGAUUUUCAUGGAAUUAAUGAAGAAUUGCUUCAAAAUAUGGUUUAUGAUGCUCUUGUUUGGUGCUCACUUCAUGGUCUUGUUGUCGGUGACAAAAAUGUUCAGGGAUCAGGAAAAGUACCUGGUGUAGGAUUGGUUCAUGCUCCAUUUUCAUUGCUGCCUGUAGCAUUCCCUGAAAGUCAAUGGAAGCUAGCAUCUGAAGUUGCACCUAUUUUCAAUGAGCUUAUUGAUCGUGUUAGUCUUGAUGGGAAAUUUCUUCAGGACUCUUUAUCACGAACAAAGAAAGUAGAUGUUUUCACAUCAAGAUUGCUAGAUAUUCAUUCCAAAAUGCUAGAAAUGAACAAGACGGAGGAAAUACGCUUGGGUUUACAUCGUUCCGAUUACAUGCUUGAUGAAAAAACCAAAUUGCUCCUCCAAAUAGAGCUAAAUACAAUUUCAGUUUCGUUUCCUGGCCUCAGUUGUCUUGUAAGCGAUCUUCACAGGAGCUUGCUUAAGCAUUAUGGAGAGCAUCUUGGGUUAGAUUCCCAAAGAGUACCACAAACCAAUGCUGCCAAUCAGUUUGCAGUGGGUUUGGCUAAAGCUUGGAUCGAGUACAAUAACCCUAGGGCUGUAGUAUUGGUUGUUGUCCAACCUGAGGAGCGCAACAUGUAUGAUCAACAUUGGAUUUCUGUUAGACUUAAAGAACAACAUAACAUUACAGUUAUCCGGAAAACAUUAGCAGAAAUCGAUGAACAAGGCAAACUUCUACCUGAUGGAACACUACUUGUAGGUGGCCAAGCAGUUGCAGUUGUCUAUUUUAGAACUGGAUAUGCUCCUAUCGAUUAUCCUUCAGAAGCAGAAUGGAAAGCUAGAUUAUUAAUGGAGCAAUCACUAGCAAUCAAGUGUCCAUCCAUAUCUUAUCAUUUAGCAGGAACCAAGAAGGUUCAACAAGAACUUGCAAAACCUAAUGUGCUUGAGAGGUUUCUUGAGAACAAGGAUGACAUUGCCAAACUGCGGAAAUGCUUUGCGGGUCUUUGGAGUUUGGACGACUCUGAUAUCAUAAACAAAGCUAUUGAAAGACCUGAGCUUUUUGUGAUGAAGCCCCAGAGAGAAGGCGGAGGGAAUAAUAUCUAUGGUGAUGAUGUAAAGCAAAACCUUAUAAGAUUGCAGAACGAACAAACUGAGGAAGAUGCAGCUUACAUUCUCAUGCAACGGAUUUUUCCAUCUGCUUCUCCCACAUUUUUAGUGCGCGAAGGCAUUUGUUAUAAGGAUGAUGCAGUAUCAGAACUUGGAGUGUACGGUACUUACUUGAGGAACAAGGACAAGGUCAUUAUAAAUGACGAAAGUGGAUAUUUGAUGCGAACAAAAGUUUCAUCGUCGGAUGAAGGUGGAGUUGCUGCUGGAUUUGCAGUCUUGGAUAGCAUAUACUUGAAAUGAUGGAGCAGCUUUGUUUUAUUCGAGUCGGAUUUCAGGCUUGGACAGUUUGCAAGUGCUUAUAUUUAGAUCAAGUCAUUCGGCACCAGAACUGAGUGUUUUCGCACAGUUUGGCGAAAGUGUUUAUUUAAUAUUAUUCGGACAAAAUGGAGGACUGGUGUUCAAUUGGCAAUGCAGUUGUAUUGGGUUGCAAGAACUGUGACUGCAAUAUCAAAUUAAUUUGAAAUAAAUCCCUCCAUUUAUUCAUUUCAAUGUAAUGAAUUUGAAGUUGACUGGCAAUUUGACAUUUUAUGAGAAGUUAAAAUGUUAACAGAA